ACCCACACCCACACCGCCACACCCACCAACACCCACACCCAAUUAUUCUGUAUCUAAUUCAUUGACGUUUGAUCCAUCUUCAAAUGAUAUUCUAAAGUAUCUUGCAACAUCAAUCAAAAGAAUUAGUCCAAAUAAAUCUUCAGAUUAUAAAAUAAAUUAUUCUUCAUCAUCAAAUUCAUUGAUUUCUGAUGCACGUUCAGAUGAUAUUUUUCAAUUUUCUCCAUCAAAGAAAAUAAAAUAAAAUGAUAAACUCGAUUAUCCUCAAUCAUCAACAGCUCGAAUAAUUGGCAGUAAUUUUCAGGAUGAUAAUACGAAUCGUCCUCAAUCACUAAUAAAUCUUCCUAUUUCAAUUGUAAGUUGAACGAAUAAAAGAAAAUAGACAUAGCUGACUAGUCUUGAUAUCUCUCACUCUCUAUUCAUUAUUCUCUUUAAACAACUUCCUUUUUCAGUCAACGAAGAUAGACAAGAAAAAGCAUAGGAAGGUGUACUAUAUAUAAGUGCUUUUUUUUCUUUCCUCCAGGUUUGAUUAUCAAUUCCAAAAUAACUAAAGAAAUUUUUGUUGAGAAAAUGGCCGAGAAGGAAGAGGUGCAUACUUCCUUUAUUUUUUUUUCUUUACUAAUAAUAAUAUCUUCUUUUUUUUCAGAGUUCAAAUGACAAUAUUUUGAUACAAAUAAAUGAACUUACCACGAAAUGGUACGGAAAACAGAUUUCCGACGACGAAUAUUUAAGCGAACUGGCGACAAUUGUUAAAGGCGUAAAACAUUAACCAUUUCCUGAUUUUUUUCUCUUCAUCAAGUCUUAUUUUUUGCGAAUCAUCAUUCUUUUUUUUGUCAAUCAUCAUUCAUUUUUUUUGAUCACUUGAUAUGAAAACAAAGUCAACAUUUUCAAAAAAAAGGUAUUAAUUUUAUAUCAGAUGUGACUUAAUCUCGAGCGAAGCUUAUUACAAAUCUUCAAUCUCUCUGUGAUGAAUAUUAUACAAAAUAGGAUGAUCAAUUAUCAAAUGAUAUUCCAUAAAAUAGGGUUUACAUCUUGAUGUACUCCUUUUCCCAUCAUCUCGUUUUUUUUUCUUGAUUCUCAAUGGAUGAAUUCUAUUCGUUAGUUCUUUCUGAAUAAAUCCUUUUUAUAAAAAUAUUCAUUCUUAAAAUCUAGUGAAUUUUGAUCAACUGCUGUGGGACCAUUUCGACCAUCAAUAGAAAAAAUUGCUAGGUUAUUAAUGUUCAACACAAUUCAAAAUUGUCGAUAAACUUGAACGAAAUGCUGUUGGAAAAGUGAAUAAAAAAGUAUUAAAUUCUAAACUUUUUCUAUCUUCAUCUAAAGUUAAUAAAAUAAUCUAUAUUAAUUCUAUUAUCAUUAUCUUAUGCUUUGAUUUUUUUUUUUAUUUUGUAAUUCGUUAUAUUUUAAUACUCGGUGCUAGGAAUAAAUAAUAAAAGGUAGACUGGAUGUAAUUUGAUGAAAUCAUUUUGAUUGGGAACUUCUUUUUAUAGAUGAUUUAUUCUCGUAUUGUUCUUUAUUCAAUACGAAAAAGCUUUUUUCAUUUAAAAUCUUCUUGUCAAUUAUCAUCUACAUCACGUCCUAUUUAUUACGAAUCCGUUUCACAACAUGUAAAUAAUAUAGCAUUAAUUGAUCAUUCAUCUUCGUAUACAUAUAGUCAACUUUAUUUACGUUAA